GAAACAUCAGCGCCCUGGAUGUCAGUCUGCGUUUCUCCGACUGUUAACCAUUGUUUGGACUCCGCGUCUCUCAUCUACUCAUGAACAUGAUGACUCCACACCUGCUGUGUGUUCCUCUGCUGCUGUCACUGGUGUGUUCGGCAUCCAGCAGAGCUGUCAACGAAGACAUGCUGGAGGUUUUCACUCUCUCUGAUCAGGACUCUGUCCUGAGGUGCACCGCCAGACAAAUACCCGGGGUGCAGUACAGCGCCGUGAGGUGGUACAAGGUUGGAAGUGACUCGUCUCAUCAGCGCAAUGGCCUUCUGGCCAAAAGCCUCCCAAAUGGCACCACCAGAUGGUACAAAGAUGUGACCAGGAAGGUGGAGCUGCAGGAUGAAUCCCUUGACCUCGUCCUGCCCAACGUGACGUGCUGUGACAGUGGAGAGUACCUGUGUUUUCUGGCUGCACCUGUGGGACAGCAGAACCAGGAGGGGAAAGUUCUGCUCACACUGCCAGAUUGUCCUGCUGAAGCCACAGAAUCUCCCAUUGGACCUGCAACCCCUUUGCUGACAGAUACAGUCAUGGUUAUUUUUGCCUCCAUGCUGCUGGUGCUCGCACUUCUCAUUUCCUUUUUGAGCUAUAAAUGUUUGAAGAAUACAGUCAAGGACAGAAAUCAGGUAGCCAAGAAAGAAAUCUUGCUGAACGCACCGCUCAAGCCGCUGGAAAAGAAGGACUUGAUGCUGAUUUACACUUUGGGUCCCAAACUGUCCAAGUUGCAACAUAUUUGUGUCUGAAGACUGUCUGAGAAAGAUGUGACAAAAUCCACCUCCUCUGAGGCAGCAAAAAUGCAAGAAAGGAAGAAGGAUCUAUGGAGAUCAAAGUGCCUGCUGGAUCCAGGAUGCUUGGGCUGCUCCAGUUCAGGCCAGAAAGAUGCACAGCCAGCUGUUGUUGCUUGGACGCGCCGUGCCUCAGUUAAAAAAACAAUAUAAAUGCACUAUUAGCCGCUUCAUACGCAGGACGUUUCAUGGCUAACAUCUAUACACUGGUGGAAGCUCUGUUCUUGUCAGACUGUUAUUCUUACUGUGGUGUUUAUGUUCCAAAACUGGUGCUGAUCAUUUCAUCCUUUCACCAUUUCAUACCUUUAAAAAAUAUAUUUUUUUCAACCAUUCAUCAAGGGGACAAUUCAUCCCAGUUUUUCAUGGCUGGUGACUUAAAUCUAUUUUAUUUUAUAUUCAACUAAUAUGCUUUACAGUAAAGAAAUGUAGUAUUAUUACUCUAGUAAUUAAUAUCUACCAACAAGAAGUCAGUUUAGUUGGUAUUCAGGACAAUCCAAUAAAAUAAUUUGUGAGAUUGGAGCAUUUUUAUCACAAUUUGUCCCCAUAAUUUAAGGAAAUACUUUAGUAGUGUGGGGAAAAGAUCGAUUUACUGCAAUUUAACUACAUGUAAACAAAAUGGUUUGCUUAAAGGUAUGAAAUGGAAAAACGAGGGGUAGAAAUGAUAACAUUUAGGUAUGAAAGGGGGAGUUAAAGCAGAGUUAUACUAAACAGUCUUUCUUUAUUUUACUUUAAAGCUAUUGAUUUUAUGAAAAUGUUUAACUGAAAUUAUGCUAAACAAAGAAAAUAAAAAAACUUUAGAGAAACACUAGUUGACAAAUAUAUGCUUUUCAUUGUUGUGGGAUUACUGUGAGUUGACUGUAUGUUGGUAAAAGCUGCUCCUGAGCCAUUCCAGAACUCAGAACUUGAUAACUGAGUUCUAGUUUUAUGUUCUCAUAUUGUGUGUGUGUGCAAAGGUGUGAAAGGUACAUUAUUUAUUAAAACUGGAUCUGAUUACAGCGU